AUGCGCUCCCUCACCCUCACCCUCAUCACCCUCCUAGCAACCCUAGCAACUGUCACCAGUUCUCCGCUCAAGACUCAGUCUAAGCCCAAGUCCAAAUCCCACUAUGUUGACUGGCACACCUUUCAUGCCCGCGGCGUCAAUCUAGGCGGCUGGCUCGAACAAGAGUCAACAAUCGACGUCCCCUGGUGGAACAAAUACUCCCACGGUGCCGCCGACGAAUGGCACAUGUGCGAGAACCUAGGCUCAAAAUGCGCCUCGGUCUUUGAAACCCGCUACUCAACAUUCAUCACCACAUCAGACAUCGACACCCUCGCCGCUGCAGGGAUAACCAUGCUCCGAAUCCCAACCACCUACGCUGCGUGGAUCCAUGUCCCCGGCUCAGGUCUUUACCGCGGUAAGCAGCAAGACCACCUGCACCGUAUCGCAACCUACGCCAUCGAGAAACACGAGAUGCACAUCGUCAUCGAUAUCCAUUCCCUUCCAGGCGGGACGAACGGUCUCGAUAUCGGCGAAGCCGUCGGCCAUUGGGGAUGGUGGUGGAAUGAGACAAACCUCGAAUACUCCCUGCAAGCCGUUGACGCGCUAAUUGACUUUGUGCAAACCUCUGGCCAUCCAGAGAGUUAUUCUAUUGAACCGAUCAAUGAGCCAGCCGAUAACCACGACUUUGCUGAUUUCGGUACCCCCGAUGCAUUGAGCGAGCACGGGCAAAGUGGCUGUUGA